AUGCGCGAUGACGUCAUUGCGCAUGCGAGAGGUGACAUCACGCCAGGUGUCACCUCGUCGACUCUAGAGACUCGGGACCCCCUGUCCUUGAAGCGUUUUGCUGAUUUAGCUUUGCCCCGGUUUUGUUCUAGAUACCUGUUUAGCGAACCUCAACAAUUCCCUGUUUCCAAGUUCUUCUUUGGAUUCGGCAUUGGGGGCCUGUUAGGAAUUGUCAUCUAUCUAUUUCUGAUAGACCCCCUCACAAUACCGAUUAUAGCAAAAACCAUGCUGCUAUACUUACUGGCAGCUACUUUUGCCAGUGGUUGGGGAUCAUCUGCCUACUUCAGAUGCUCCAACCUAAUCAUCGUUCCGAACAUGCUGGGAACGGAAGGACGAGCUUUCCUUCUCAUUUUGGUUAUAGCGGCUAUCUAUGCUGGUCCUGGGGCCAAUCUCCAACACAAUUUCUCGGAGAUACCCCGUUCGAUCGGCUGCACAGUAGAACUUCAAAUCAACAACACGAAGAUGUUGUGGAAAAUUUUAUCGACCCCAGUGAAGAAUAUCCUGAGAAAUGUUGUACAAAAAACGCAUGAUUUUGAGAACAUAGGAGAUGAAGUCAAGUCUACAUUCCAGGACGCGAAACAGGAAGUCGAAGGCAAAUCGGGAUAUGAUAAUAGUAAAGAGGAAGAGCUGAAGCAGAAGGAGAAAGUGACAUCCACGCAGAAACAAUUUGAUAUUAAGAAUAUACUGCGUUGUGAAUAUGUCAUCGAACUUGGCAUCACCAAAUGCUAUGAAUGGUUUGAUAUGAAGCAUAAGGAAUGCAUGGAUGCAAUUGUAGUCCCCAUCAUCAGCCACAUCCUUUGCAUUCCCAUGCAGUUUUCAUUUCUAUGUAAUAUUCUUAACAUGGGAGAAUUAUGGUGCAAAAAGUAUGUUCCUAUGGAAGCAGAAUUUGGAGGCAUGUAUGAUAAAGCCAACAUGUCUGUGAAUAAUGUGGGACAAGGACUUUCCAGUCUACUCACCAUCCAGAAGGAUGAUGACAUUGAUGCUGUCCUAAAUAUCACCGAAAUGACCUUGAAGGAUAAGAUCUUGACCUCCAUUGAAAAGAGAAGGUCGACAUUUCAGAAUAUGUUGGCCUUUCUGAAUAGUAUCAUGACAUUGUCCUUUGUUUUUGUCUUCAUAUCUGCUUUCAAAUACACCAAGCAAUACAACUCUGACAUCCGGCAUGACAACUAUUACGUGACUACUUACUUCAGGCAGAUUGACGCCCGACGGCGAAAACUCAAAAAAAGAUAUAUACUACCUCUGAAGAAAGGAGAAAUGUCAAAGAUUGUAUUUCCAUUUAGUCCUGCAAUCCAAGGGCCAGAAAUGGCAGCCAUGAUGAUAGAGUUACGCCAGUGUAUCCUCCCGAUUAUCAUGCUUAUCUUGGUGAGCGUCUUCGACAAGAUCCUGUUUAAUGUCUUGGAUGUAAUAAGAAGACAUUCAAGCAUUUCCUACGUCUUUGCGAGUUAUCACAAGUUAGAGGUCCUUGUGGGAGGUGACACCUUGCUGGCGAAUAUAUUAAGAAAAACCAUCGGUCUUCUUAAUUCUACAUCAAACACAUUUGAGACCAGCAGCAAUGAGAUGUGCCUUCCCAACCCUAUUGAGAUGAGUGCCAUCGAUCACCUCGUGACUUGUGCACCCGUGCUUGGACUCAUUUUACUAUCGGUCCUUCAAGUCUUCUUCUAUCGCCUGCGCCGCGUUGUGGCAUCUUAUUUCUUUCCAAAGAGAGAGAAACGCAGAGUUCUCUUUUUUUAUAAUGAACAACUCCGGAAGCGGGCUAUCUAUGCAGAUGUCAAAAGGAAGAUGAUCAUGAGUAAAGCUCGUAUCAACCGACUCAAGAUGGACACCCCCUUGGGCGCUUUCUAUCGCCAUUGUAAAUGGCUUAGAAAGUUUAUCCGAAGAUACUGCAUAGUCUGCAAUGAAAGCGAGACGAAGAAAUCUUACGUCUGUCCAACACCAGACUGUGGAACCAUCUAUUGCCAUCAGUGCUGGAGGGACAUGAAAAAAUUCUGCUUCGCAUGUACACCGUACGAAGAAUUUAUUCAUGGCCCUGAUUACAGUGACAGCGAGUACGGCAGUGACUAACCACCAUCCACUGACUAGCAAUUAACAU